AUGGCGGCUCAGAGGUCGAAAGGAGGGAUGAUGGCGAGCAUGGUGGUUGCGCUGCUGGUCAUCAACACAAUGUCAUCAUCAUGUUCGUCAUCAUCAUCAUGUCUUCUUCCUGCGCCAUCCCUCGUCUCGUCCCCUUCUUCCAGCCUUUCCUCUUCUUGCUCCACCCGAUCUCAUGGCUGCCCGUGUUGGCUGCACAGGCACCAGAUCAGUUCAGGAUCGAUGCUUCCUGUGAUCAGGAUGAGGGGGGGAUGGAACAUUCAAGAAUUUUUGCCGAGGCUCAAGACGGACGAGGAGCGAAGCGGAGAAAUCAUGACAGGGGAUGAAAAAUUGGUGGAUGACUUGACCAGCAUUAAGAGAAAGGAACUCCCUCCUGACGUUGGAGAGACACAAAAACUUGACAAAUCAGUGAAGGCAGACAAUGACGCGUCGAUUACAAAGGACACAGCUCCAGCCAAGUCUUCCAGUACACAACAGAAAAAUGUCGUGUCGAGCUCCAGUGUCUUCGAUUUCAGGAAUCCUGUCCCGUCAGAAGAAGAGCUUGAGCGAAUGCAGUCGGAAAACGAUCGGCUGGAGAGGUUUCUACAGGAGAAGAAAAGAAACAUUGAACUGAGGAAAGCAAUCCAAGCUCUAGCCGAGGAUGCUGUUAACGAGGGGAAUUCUACGAUGCCGGCAAGCGCGGAUCCUGUAGCUUGGUUUCAACAAACUCUGAAGCAAAAGCUUGGUGGAAUGCAGCAAGACUCUGGUCAGAACUGA